AUGGCUGCCAAGUACGGCCUAAUGCUACAUCAGAUGGACGUCAAGACAGCGUUUCUUAACGGCUCCCUCGACGAAGACAUCUACAUGGACCAGCCGGCAGGAUACCUGGAUGCAAAACAGCCGGACUAUGUGUGCAAGCUAAAGAGAUCGCUCUACGGCUUGAAGCAAUCGCCACGCAUGUGGAACCAAAUGAUCGAUGGGUUCAAGAUCAAGAUGGGAUUCAGAAGUGCGAAUCGGACCGCUGCAUCUACAUCAAGCGAGACGACCAAGACAUGA